AUGUUUAACGACAACGGCGAGGAGGAGGAGAGGAGGAGGAGAAAGAGUGGAGGAGAAAGAAGAGGAGGGGGAGGAAGAGGGGGAGGAAGAGGGGGAGGGGAAGGAGGAGGAGAAAGAGGAGGAGGAGGAAGAGGAGGUGGAGAAGGAGAGGAAGGAGGAGGGGAAGCAGGAGGGGAAGGAGGAGGAGAGGAGGUGGAGAUGAGGAGGAGGAGAGGAGGGGAAGGAGGAACAGGAGAGGAGGUGGAGAUGAGGAGGAGGAGGAGAGGAGGGGAAGGAGGAGGGGAAGGAGGAGGAGAGGAGGAGGAGAUCACGGAGGAGGAGGGAAAGGAGGAACAGGGGAGGAGGUGGAGAAGGAGGAGAUGA